AUGUACACACCAAUAUUUGCUACUUUCGACAGGAUUAACUCAACAGAGCGAAAGAAGCUGAACACAACUGACAAACACCACAUAGUCUCUGGAAGAUGAUGAAGCCCUUCAAUUUGUCUGUUGCAGUGAUCAUCAUGCUUGCCUUCCUUUUAAUUCAGGAGGGUUGCACCAUCUCUAUUGACAAUUGGGAGCCUGACCAGCAUAUGAUGGAAACAAGAGAUGACGCAGCUGCUGAGAUCCCAGUGGACUUAUGGAAGGUGGCAGACAACAAGAGGCAGAAACGUCAUAAUGGAGCUUGCAAAUUUUGCUGCAACUGCUGCGGUCGUACGCAUUUCUGUGCCUUUUGCUGCGAAUGGUGAUUCGAAGAAUCAUCUGCACUGUCACAUCAAAAAUAUUCCUUUGUUCAUUUUUAUUCUGCCUAGAAGCAAUUUCAUUUGUUAGAGUUGAACAUGCUUGCAUACUUUGUGGUGUGAUGCUUAGGACAGACAAAAAAAAUCUGAAAUGUCUCUUUACACAAUAA